UCGUUGAUUCAGCUGUUCGCCACUGAAAUUUAAGGCUGCCGAGCAAACUCAUCAACAGCAGCUUCCAGAGUGUGCGAAUUGCUCAAAUCGCAGUGUGUUGGUUGGAUUUUGUCCUCAAUGCGAAGGAAUGAUUUGUAACGAUUGCAUCAGCCAUCACAAGACAAUGAACACAUUAAAAAGAACCCAUCAAGCAACACUUUUCAGCGACUUCAAGAAACAGAAUGUAAAUUGCUACAUCAACAAUCAAGCGUUUUGCAAUGAAAGAUUCCACAACAGAGCCCACCUUGAGUAUUUCUGUAAAACUUGCAAGAAGUGCAUUUGUCAGAAAUGUGGCACAACAACACACAACAUUCAUGACAAGAUCAGCAUCGARGAAGCUGCAGAKGAAGCUAAAAUACUUAUUAGAAAGGAAAAGGAUCGAUUAAAUGAACUGCUUCUGGAAAAUAUGAAAGAAUUAGAACUGUCUGAUGAAAAUAUGAGAAGAAUUCAACACGAAGCUGACACGGCAAAGACAAAAGUUCGUAAUAAAACACGAGCUUUGAUGAAGAUUUUACAUGAUCACGAGGACUCUUCGAUUGCUACCAUAGACAAAAUCCUUUCGGAACAAAUAGCAGCAAAYGAAGAAGARAAAGGCGAGAUUAAUUCAAGCAUCCAACAGGCAUCUCAACUGAAACUUCAGUGUGAAAGAAUUGACGAUGAAUUAAACUUWGAACACUUUAUAUUGGAAGGCUAUGAAAAUUUGAGAAACAUUUGUAAAAUUACAGUAAAAAACAAAUCCAUCUUAUCGAGCAAAUCAGUCAAGCGAAACUCAGGCAUAAAUUACAWUCCAAACCCGGAAGUCAYCACUCAGAUGCAAAAGUUCAAGCUCGGUGAGGUGGUGGAAAGCGUGACAGACCCGUCACGUUGUUCUAUCGAAUCUAUAAAUAACGUYAGRUGUGGUUUUAUCAACGAGUUUAAAAUUGUGACAAGAAAUUCAGAAGGGAAUGUMUGCUAUACCAAUAAAGGCUCAAUUGAUGUACAAAUMCAAGAUGUUGACGGCGACGAUGUACAGAAAGAACUGACCGARACUGAAACUGGCAGAUUCWYAGURAAAUAUAGAGCAGAGAAACCUUCACCGUACAAAGUUGUAGUGAGUAUUGGAGGAGAAGAGAUCAGCAACUCACCACAGAACAUUGAGACAAUUGAUGCUAAWGCAGAGUUWARACCYUUGAGAUYAAUUGGUGUUAAAAAGAUGUCCAGUCCUUUUUCACUUGCUGUAAGUGAGAGAGGAGACAUAGCUGUGGUUAAUAACGAUUUGAAAUCCGAUUUCCGUGUUUUGCUGUUCAGUGCUGAUGGAGAGUACCUUCGAGAGAUUGGUGGAGACGGUCAACUAAGUAACCGGCUUUGCAGAGCGGUCUUCAAUGAAAACCACAUAUUUGUUAGCGAUAAUCCCGAUGAUGGUGGCUGUAUAAAGGAAUUUGACUUCAAUGGUACUUACAAAAGAACUCUUUGUAAACUGCCGAAAGGAAUGAUGGUCACAGGAAUGAGUAUAGAUAAUCAAAUCAUUUUGUGUGCAAUCUUUAAUCUAUACACUAAGGAGACAUUUAUAAAAGCAUUUGCUAGCACAAAUGGCAAUCAUCUUCAUGAGAUCAAACUUGAUGUGCCUGAUGAUGGUCAAGARGGGCCCUUCUCUUUAGUUUUCCAAGACCAUAAGUACUUUGUGGCGUUUGCAGACACGGACAAUUUUUAUKGUUUUGACGAAAAUGGUAGCCUGUUGUACAAGAUGCGAGUGAAAGAGAAUAAAGAAAGUCAAUUUCGCGGUGUAUUUGGACUUGCCAUGUUUGGYAAAGAAAUGCUUCUUGCCUGUGAUCCCGUUAACAACUGCGUACAAGUAUUUAAUCAAGACGGUCAGUUUAUAAGCUCCUUUGGUAGCWAUGGUUCAGGUCUUGGCCAUUUGAAKGUUCCUGUGGACGUUGCCGUUGCUCCAGAUGGCCGAGUAUUUGUACUUGAACAUUAUGGUAAGCGAGUACAGGUUUGGAGAUGAAAUUGAAACCAAGACUGCAAACUUUUCAUUAGGUAACUACUAACSUAUCUGCAAGUUAGAAUUAAAUGGGCUUUUGAUUUCGUAAAAUACAAAACAAAACAAUCUUUUUCAAGGUUGUACAUUUGUUUCUUUUACAAACGUUUAACUUUUAAUUACGGACGCAGAAGAAUAGGGCUAGAAACAAUAGAAUGAAAGGAUGUAGCGUGAUUUCGAUAGGAGUGCCAAGCUGGUAACAGUCAUGAAAUAUAAAAGCAAAUUUCAUUGCAUUAGAGUGACUUUUAUCAGACUGUGAAAUAGUUCCUACACUAAUAGACGCUAGUAAACUCUACACCCAUUGUUUUCUUUUAUUGGGAUACAACUAUUAGACACUAAUUUAAUAGUGUUUAAAAACACUGACGAGUAGUAAUUGUUUCACAGACGGAUGAAUGACUCUAAUUAUUUACGCGUUUGUGAAUCAUUAAAAAAAUAUAAUAGUUUACUAUCAAAUCCUUAAUAAUUCAUUAGUUAAACACAAUAGAAAAUCAUUGCCGUGACCGCAUCUUUAAAUAGUUGGUGUGGCGGUUUUGCCGGCUAUCUUGGACAAUUAGACAAAGUGUUGCAAAAUGACAAGGAUAGAGUGAGAAAUCGAUGUCAAAUUAUCCUCGUUGAAUUAAAAUUCGGAAAGAAUUAUCAAUUGCAAACGCUAGAUACUACAAAAAGGAGUUAACUAGCCAAAUUUGAAGGACGCACUUGAUCUAGGGAGCUAGUAAAUWUAUUUUUAGUUCUCAAUACAUUUCUUUGUAUUUUGCACGCACGUCACGCGCUGAUGACCCCAGAAAUUACAAGAAAUGUAUGGGGAACUAAAGAUAAUUUACUUCUUCCCUAUCUUUUUCCUCCGCCACCUAACAUUGCUAACGAUGCUAUCGUACUUAGCAAUAAUCAUAAGACGGAGAUGGACACAGCAUUUCACAUGGUUAUACUCUAUUAAAUUUUACCAAAUAAUGCUGCAAAUGCUAUAGAUUUAUUAAUAUGAAUUUUGCAAAAUUUAGUAUUUAAUAUGAAAUAGCGAAUAAACAUAACUUACAAUGUC